CAUAAAUCCCGAGACCAAACCUUCGCCUCCAUUCGUCCCCCGCCGCCGCCGCUCCCAGUCUCCACGCGGAAGCAGCGCCUCGCAACGCUCCUACCCAAUGGCGCCGACGUCGAAGCUGUCGAUGGGCAUCAAGCGCGCGUCGCGGUCGCACGCGUACCACCGCCGUGGGCUCUGGGCCAUCAAGGCCAAGAACGGCGGCGUCUUCCCCAAGGCCGAGAAGCCCGCCGCCGCCGCGGAACCCAAGUUCUACCCCGCCGACGACGUCAAGCCUCGCGUUCCCAGCACCCGCAAGCCUAAUCCCACCAAGCUCAGGUCGAGCAUCACGCCUGGGACGGUGCUGAUCCUCCUCGCGGGGCGCUUCAUGGGGAAGAGAGUGGUGUUCCUCAAGCAGCUCAACUCCGGCCUGCUCCUCGUCUCUGGUCCAUUCAAGAUCAAUGGAGUACCGAUCCGUCGUGUCAACCAGACCUAUGUCAUUGCUACAUCAACCAAGGUUGACAUCUCUGGUGUUGAUGUCGCGAAGUUUGAUGACAAGUACUUUGCCAGGGAGAAAAAGCAGAAGGUGAAGAAGACGGAGGGUGAGCUUUUUGAGACAGAGAAGGAGGCGUCCAAGUCUCUGCCUGAUUUCAAAAAGGAUGACCAGAAGGCCGUGGAUGCUGCUCUGAUCAAGGCUAUUGAGGCUAUCCCAGAGCUGAAGGCCUAUCUUGGCGCUCGGUUCUCCCUUAGGGAUGGUGACAAGCCCCACGAGAUGGUCUUCUAAACCGAGUUUUGGAGUUCGGAGGAAGUCGCUUUGGCUGUGCUCUCUUGUGACAAGCCCCACGAGAUGGUCUCCCAGAGCUGAAGGCCUACCUUGUUUCAUUCUGCUUGAAGUCUGUCAAAUAUUAUGAGAAGAUCUAAGAAAGUUUUAUCGGUAUUGGUGGUUCAGCAUGGCGUUAUCUGCUUUUGGUUCUUUGUGUAGGUCAAUGUUGUCUUAAGAUCAUAUUUUGUUUGAAUUGCUGACUGUCGUGUUUUUUUGCUAUCUUUGAACGUCUUAACCGUUCCACUA